AUGGUCAUGAAAAGAACAAUCCUUGUAUUGAGAAAUCAAUACAUAAAACAGGGAGAUGGAUUUGUAUUGAUAUAUUCUAUUACAUCAAAAGAAUCGUUUGAAGUACUCCAACAAAUUUAUGAAGACAUUUACCAAGUUAGAAAGAAAGAAUAUAAUGAACAUAUUCCAAUAAUAAUUGUAUGUAAUAAAAAUGAUUUAGAAGAUGACAGACAAGUAACAAAAGAAGAAGGUAUAAAUUAUGCAGACAGUACCAACUGUCCUUUUAUUGAAUGCAAUACAAAAACACGAGAAGACAUUAACAGAAUCUUUGAGGUAUUAACAAUAGAUGUGCUUGAACAUAAAGAUUUAUAA